AUGCAAAUGAUUUUAAGCCGUUUAUUGAGAAGAGUGGCGGGAUUGAGUUUUCUCCAAAAUUUUCUCUUCCUUUUAUUUACGAUAUUCUCAACUAUGAUCAUUCGGCUCUUCAAUUUAAAAUUUUUCUCUUUAAAAUUAAUAUAUAAUCAAAAAACAACGUCAACACCUCGUCUAGUUCCUUUCCCAGUAAAGAAAAAACAACAAAAUGGUCAAAGACUUGUUCCUUUUAGAAUGCAAAUAAAUACUAGACAAAAACAGAUUGGAAGAAGAAUUAAAAUACCUUUAAAAUAUACAAACAGUACAAAGGUUUUUUUAACUUUUUAA